AUGGCUAACCCUGCCGACGCAGCAAACAGCACUGGAGCAGCCGCCGUCGUUUCAGUGAAGCUUCCGGAGUUUUGGAAGACGGACCCGGAGAUGUGGUUCGCUCAAGCAGAAGCGCAGUUUGUGUUGGGAAACGUGACCAAAGACGACACCAAAUUUUACCACAUUGUGGCGAAGCUUGAUCAAUCAGUGAUCUGUCACGUCACCGAUCUGGUGACCGCUCCACCGCAGCAAGACAAAUACAAAAGCGUUAAGGAUCGCUUGAUUUCCCGGUUCGCGCUUUCACCAGGUGUGCGUCUGGAACGCUUGCUAGGGUCAUCAGAUCUUGGCGAUAUGCGCCCCACCCACCUGCUGGCCAAAAUGCAGGAAUUGGCAACCGGCUUGAACGUGAAUGACGAACUCCUAAAAAUGCUUUUUCUUCAACGAAUGCCGCACCACAUCCGGCCGGUUCUAACCAUCAGUGACGGGACGCUUCUGAAACUAGCAGAGAUGGCAGACAAGCUAAUCGAAACGCCGCGAGUAGCCGCUGUCGCUUCAACUCCCGCACCGGCUCCGAAUGCUGUGUUCGAUCAAAUGGAAGACCUGAAGGAACGAUUGGAAGUGCUCAGUACGGAGAUACGGCCAUUGGCGUAA